UGGUGACGGUGACUUUCUCCCUUCCAGGUGCAGGACGGAGGAGCGAGGUCCCCGUGUCCCCGCUGCCCAGGCAGAGGAAGGGAAGCCAAGAGAAAGCUCUGAUCAGUCCUUCCUGGUGUCACGGUGAAGCCCAGGACACGGCUGCGAGUGGCCGAACUGUGACAGAGUGACGCCGUCCCUGCUGCCCACCUGGCCCCAUCUCACCACCGCCGUCCCCUUUGUCCCCCGCCAAUGCCGGCAGGCGGAGGCUGCGCACUUGAUCGCUUCACUGGCAUCCCAAGCGUGGGGCCGAGCUCUGGGCCCCUCUUUUUCCUGUGGGACGGGGGCAAUGGGGGCCGCUCUCUCCACUGGAGCGGUUGUGGCAAUUUCUUUUAACUGUAUCAUUGCAUUGCUAAUCCUCAUCCUCUUCCUCAUCCUCUGCAAGGCCUGCAGGACCCCCUCAUGCCCCAAGAAGAGUCCAUCUUCUGAUGUAGAUGAGGCAAGGAAUGAAGAGAAGUACCUGCUGCAGCCCUGAGCUGCCUGGGGAGUCGGGCACCCGGCUGUGCCGAGGGAGUGACGCCAGCCCAGAUGCUUGCGUGGGGACUGGGGCACUGGACCAGGCACGAUGAGAGCAGAGGGGACGCCGAGCCGCUCGCAGGUGCCGUGAUGCAGGGCACAGCCCUUCGCUGGUGUGGUUUUGGUGUGUGAAGUCCCUGCAGAUGCCCACAGUGACCGUGGGGAUGGAGAGACAUCGGCCAGGAUGUGCGAUGGGGACAAUCCUGCCUGUCCCAGUGUCCAGCAAACACAGCAGGAGCCCUGACCUCGAGCACACCCCGUGUUUAGGGACAGCCCAUGGGCUCCUCCCUGCCGCUGGUGGCCGGGGCCAGUGGCCACUGCGCUGCAGACCUCAGCAGGGCUGGAUGGGGGCUUGGAGAGGGGAGGCAGCGGGGCUAGCGUGGGCAUCUGUCUCCGAACGGGCUGGCUGCCCCAUGGUGGGAUGUGCCUGAAGGGGACCAGUCUGGGUGUCUUUGGGGGUGGCCCUGGGGUGCCAUGUACCCCCAGCCUCAGGAGGGCAUUUGGCACCCAUCUGCCCCAGCAGCCAAUGUAAUGAGCCACAGGAGGGUCUGCAUGGUCUGUCCAUUCAUCCCCCGGUCUGUCUGUCAGUCCCCUCCAGCUUUAGCACCGACACUGCUCGGCAAACAUCCCUCCUCCUCACUGGGCACGUGUCCCUGCCUGCUCUCCUGCCUGCUCCCAGCCGACGCUAGCUGGUGGGGUUUGACCUGCCCACGGGCAGCAGAUGUGCCCCCGUUGGCAUCCCCAUCCCCACUGAGAGCAGCCUGGGAUGUUUUUUUUUGCCAGGGAGCUGGGAGACACAUGGGGAGAUGAGGGUGCCUGGACAAACAGCAUUUCCAGCCCCAUCGCUCCCCGGGAACCACUGUGGCUUUGCGGGGAGGGAUGCUGGUGGUCUGGCUUGUCCCCAAGCCUGUCAAGCUGCAUUCUCCUGCCGUGCUUGCAGGUGAUGUGGGUUUUGGACAGGCUCUGCCUGGUCCAUCCUAGAGCCCAGCAAUAGCCAAUGUCCGUGCUGGCACAGCCACUGCAGUGAGGGGACAGAGGGAUGGGCUGUGCUGGGAGGGACACUGACCAGGGUCCCUGUGCAGGCUCGGACAGGCCUGGCAGAGCCUGCGGUUCCUCCCCUUGUCAGGUGUAGCUAACGCAUCCCUUUGCAGCAUUGUUUUUACUAGACUAAUAAACCAAUCGUAGGACCCAGG